AUGAUGAUGCAAUAUUCUCUCAUCUUCUGUGCCACACUUGUACUUGUGAUAGUCACCACAUCAGCUCAACAAUCAUCCGCAGUAUCUCCCUCUAUCACAACAGUACCACAAUCACCAUUGGCAUCUCCAUCGGGAAUGAAUACUGUUCCAUUGGUACCAGUGUCCCCUAAUGGUGCCCCAACUCCCGCCACCCCAAAAGCUCCUACCUUUGACAUAGCUCAAGUACUGAGUAAGGCCAAAAGGUUUUCUGUUCUGAUUCGACUUCUGAAGACAACCCAGUUGAUAAACCAACUCAACUCUCAACUCAUGACAUCAGGUUCCGGGGGAUUGACCAUUUUGUCCCCACCUGACAGAGCCUUUUCAAAGCUAAAAGGAGGGUUCCUGAACUCACUCAACGACAGGCAAAAGGUGGAACUCCUACAAUUCCACACUCUUUCUUCCUUCAUCUCAAUCCCCAACUUCGACACUCUCACCAACCCUGUUCAGACCCAAGCCGGUGAUGACCCCCAAAGGUUGCAACUUAACAUCACCACUUACGGUGGCGGCCAUGUGAGCAUGAGCACUGGUGCCGUCAAUGCCACCGUUACGGGCACCGUGUAUACAGACAACAAGCUUGCUAUUUAUGAGGUGGACAAGGUGCUUCUUCCACUUGACGUGGUUCUUCCUAAGCCAAAGGCUCCGGCACCGUCUCCGUCAAAAGGAGAAUCACCUAAAAGGAAGUCAUCUGCAGAUAAAAGUGGUGAUAGUAACAAAAAUAUUGAUGAUGAUGAUGAUGAUGAUGGUGGUGGUGCUGUUCCGGCAGAUGCUUCUGCUGCUUCCACAAAUUUCAACAACAUAAAUGGAAUGUGGAUGUCUUUUAUUGUUGGGUUUGCUUUGAUGAUGAUUGGAUCCGUGAUAUGA